UUUGAAAUUUACGAAGCCCGCCAAUCUUUUACACAAACGGCCCUAAUAGUUGAACUUAAAUCCCUCAAAAUUGAAAAGAGCACGAACGGCAGAGUUCAUCCCGCCACUAUAGAGAAAUCACUCAAAAUAUGCCGGUUACUGUGAAUCACCGACGCCAUUGGAAGUAUUUGAUUUCAGUUUAUUUCUUUUUCUCACCACUACUUGGAUGUCUCCACUUCCUUAGUGCCAUACAAUGGAAUGAACUAUGGACCAAAUGGAGUUGGAGGGAGUAUCAGAUCAAUCGGGUUCAGAACAAGAUGCAUAUUCUUCCAUUACUUGAAAUUGGAUUGGGUCAUGAAGUCCAAGAAGCUGCACAAGUAGUAGAGUCAAAAGCACAAGUAGCCAUGACUUGGGACUACUCAGUCUCACAGACUAAAAUAAAGCAUAUGGCAUGUAGCAAUUCGGUAUCCACUGACCAUGUUACAAGCUACAAAUCUUUUCCAAAUGCUUGCUUGCCAACAGAAGAUCACCAUGAUUGUGGGAUGUCUUCAAUAUGGGUUGAAUAUUUUGUACUAUUUUAAUAAGUUAUUUUUAGAGUAGUAAUCGAUACUUUUGGUAUAUUGCUAUCAACUUUUUGACUAGGCUAAUGAUGUUCUUAGUAAUCAUUUAGAUUAACUCUACAUUUUGGAAUAUUGUAUUUGAUUGCACUUAAUAUUUUUAUUCAUUCAAAUUAUGGAAAACAUGAUUAUAUUA